AUGGUUCUCAAGUUUCCGCCCGUCUAUUUCCUGCCCACGCACAUGAGUGCCGUUGAGCUGAGAGACUGGGAAGCCAAGAUCCCGAAUGUUUCCCACGAUGCCAGUAGGGUGAAUUACAUCGUUGGCAAAAUCUCGCAGAAGCAGCGUGCGCAAUUUGAGCUGCGUAAGCUGGGCCUUCCAGCGGAGGAAUAUACGCCCGUGAGAGACGACACGCGUUCGUUGCCCAAAGCAAAGAGGCGCAAGCUCCGUGAUGUGAAGGAAUACGCUCUCUGCAGUGACUCGGACGAUGAAGAAAGUGUUGCGUAUAAUGAAGCCUCCUCAUCCAAGAUCGACACAGUCAGGGUGGUCCGAUUUGCCUGGCUCGAAGAGUCCAUGCGCAAGGACGAGCUCCUCGACUAUAGAGGCUAUUUGGUCUAUGAGGCCGUCAAGGAGUCAGAGCAAGCUCGAGUACCAAGCCCUGAAGACCUGAUGCAGCGGGCUAUGGAUAUGGCCGCCGGAUCGUCUCAGACCUUGACUGCCCAACGAAGCUCAUAUCGCAUGCACAGGGCCGUCGCUCCUCACAUCAAGACCCCGGCCCUUGUGCCGCACUCCACGGUUGAAGAACAUGCGAUAGCCGACUUGCCGCCAGUGCCCGAAUUUCUGAAGACGAGUUUCUCAUGUCAGCGGUCGACUCGCGUGCACCCGCCGAACGAGAGCUUCAUCGAGAAGCUGAAGGAAGUCAGGGAAUUGCGAGCCAUUCAAGGAGAUGACAUUGGGGUCAGGGCAUACUCCAGCGCCAUCGCUUCCUUGUCUGCGUACCCGUACAAGAUACAAAGUGCCAUAGAAAUCGGACGCCUUCCAGGCUGUGGCGCUAAAUUCGCCCGGCUCUUCGAGGAGUUCGAGGACAUAGGCCAAUUGAGGGAGCUGCAGGCGGCCGUGGCUGACCCAAAGAUGUCCGUCAUACGGACCUUUUACAAUAUCUGGGGCGUCUCGGCUGUCACGGCCGAGGAAUUUUACCGAAAAGGCUGGCGAGACCUUGACGAUGUGGUUGAAUUUGGCUGGGACUUGAUCCACCGAUCACAGCAGAUUGGGGUCAAGUACUACAACGAGUUCCUGCAAAAGAUCCCCCGGGCCGAAACGGAAGCCAUCGCCAAUACAGUCCUGGAGCACGCGAACGGGAUUCGUGAGGGUUUUCAAGUGACCGUCGUUGGAGGAUACCGCAGGGGCAGGAUGAUGAGUGGGGAUGUGGACCUGAUGCUGAGCCAUAGGGAUGAAGACGCCACUUACAAGUGUAUCAAGAAGCUUGUGACCAGCCUCAUCGAUGCAAAGCACAUCACUCACACCCUGUCAGUGAGUGAGCACAACUCGGAGCGCGGCCAGCGCCCGACAAGUUUUAAGGGAGCAGCGGCCGGGGGCACAGGGUUUGACACGCUCGACAAGGCCCUCGUCGUCUGGCAGGAACCCCAAGUCCAGAGCGCGUCCAAGAACACCAAUCCCCACCGACGGGUGGACAUACUGGUCAGCCCAUGGAAGACGGUCGGCUGUGCUGUGCUAGGCUGGAGUUCCGAAACCACGUUCCAGCGGGACCUGCGCCGGUACUGCAAGAUGAGGGGACUCAAGUUUGAUAGUAGUGGGAUCAGGUCGCGUCAGCCUCCGUUCGAUUGGGUUGAUCUAGAGGACGGCGGGAGAGGUCCGCCCACGACGAUGGAGGAGGCAGAGAGGAGGGUCUUUGAGGGUCUGGAGCUAGAAUGGCGACCACCUGACGAGAGAUGCACUGGAUAG